AUGGCAUUACCUUCUCUGUUAUGUAGAGUACAGGCGCUCUAUUCUUUUGAAUCAAACGACCCUUCUUCAUUGCGAUUUGAGGAAGGCGACUACAUAGAUGUAUUAGCCAAGCUACCGUCUGGCUGGUGGGAUGGAUGGUGCAAUGGGAAUCGUGGUUGGUUUCCUAGCAAUUACGUUCGAAUCAUUGAAGACUACGGUAGUACAGGACUUGUGUCGCCGACGUCGAUGAAGCCCAAGGGCACCAGCAGAAGAAUCAGCGCACAGACAGAUUUGUUUGACGACAGAGUGGGAUCAAACGGAAACGAAUCCAGUAGACGAACAUCCCUACCGCCCAACUGGUCAAUUCAGAAUCGCGAAGAUGGAUCCGCAAGUUAUUAUUUCAAUACGCUCACAGGAGAAAUGCGGUCCACUUAUCCUUACGAUGAUACUGCUUCGUAUUACGAUGGCGAAUCGGACGAGGACUCUGCUACUUCCACCAUUGACAGCAACUCGAGAUCAGACUCUGUGCUUGAAGUGAAUUUCAUGCCAACGUCUGAAGAAUCCAUUGCGUCUGAUCAAUCACUCAAAGACUUCCAGCAGCAGGGAAAAUGGAUCCAGCGCACCACACCUCAAGGCCUCCCAUUUUUCUACAAUCUGUCAACUCACGAGACUGCAUGGCAUGCAGAUUCGCAGGAACAGCAGCAGCAGCAGCAGCAGCAGGGAUCACCUAAACCUCAACCUAGAUUGGCUUUAGCAGCUACAGCGCCUACCACCCCAACAUCCACCAAAGGAUACUCUUUCCAGCCUUCUCCUCACUUUGACAGUAAUGAAACACUCACAUGGAAUAAGCUCUCGGUUCAUGUCACCCUGUCCAUCAAUAAUUUAAUUGGAUCUGCAAAGAACUCACAGAGAUCCUUGUACAAAAAGUACGCUGCUCGUGUAGUGGAAGCUGUAAGGUUCAUGCUGGUUGCUUCAGGUACCAUCAGCAAGGAAUCAUUGCAUAUCAAAACAAGCAAUGUCCUCCGAUCACAUCACCGUGCCAUGAUGGCUUCCAUGUCCAAACUCGUCUUGUCAGCCCAACUGUGUGCGGAUGGCACUGUCAGUGAUGUGAGCAAGCUGCUGACGGAUUGCCACGAACUGCUGGUGGCUGUUCGCAAUUUCAUCAGCACAUGUGAGAGCAUACCUGUCGAUGUAACCCACGUUGAUCCACACCUGAUAUCCUCACCGCAAGACGAACGAAACAGUCAUGCUGCUGCACCAUGGGAUGCUGCUUCCACAGCCAUCCGACGGCAACACUCCAUCUCAUCUGCUUCGGGAUCCAUGGUAGAUCAAGGCAUCCGAGCAAAAUACGAAUUGCAAUCUGAUCUAGUCGACAACCUGGAUGCUUACGGUGCUAGCAUGCAAGAAUCAAUGGAAUCACUCAUGGCAAAUCUCACACGCCAUAGCGACUCCCGCUGUUCUUUGGCUGUAUUACUGUUCACUCAAUAUAGAAACUUUGGUAACCAGAAUGGCCAGUUCUUGUCCAUCAUUGAAGACAUUGAUUUCGACGGAGUCAUUCAAUCGCCUCUGAUGAAGGAGCUGGCAGUUGCGAAACAAAAGCUGUAUGACGGCCUGGGUCUACUCUUUUUCAAAAUGCAAACAAUGACGGAUGAAACUGUUCCCAUGGAAAAGGCCAUCUCAGAGAUGCAAGAGGCUGCUCAGUCCAUUAUUGACGCUAUCAGACUGGUGUGCGAUCGUAUGGCUGAUCUGGUCAACGAGAAGAAGCGUCUGAUGAAGGAGCAAGGCAAGCUCACCAAUGGCACUACAUCCAGCAAUCGUAGCAGCUUGCUUGGCUCAACCGACAAGGACAAUUCUCUUUGUGAUUUCCUACGCAACUCGACUGGAAGUCACGAUUUAUCCUUUGAUUUAAGUCUGUCUUCAUCCAUGACCCUUAAAAACCCUUCUUUAACUUCUAUUGAAGACUUGAAGAAGCGAUCUCAAUCAUUGUCUGUAGACACAGCGCUGCAACCAAGCAACAGUAACAGCAACACAAAAGUAAACAACCGCUCCUCCGCUCCUGUAACUGAAAACACACCUACAUUAAUGGGCGAGACAUUGAAGAACAGAGCUCAUACAUUGACGGAGGCUCAAUCCAAGCAUACAAGCGCUAAAUUGAAGCAAUUCUUUGGUGAUGAUCUGCCUGAUGCCAAUUCCCCUGCUAGCAAUGCGGCACCUACAUCGCCCACAAUAGCCACAACCACAGCCGCAGAAGGGGGAGUAAAUCCUGGGCAAGGAGCAUCAGCAACAACAAGACAAGUCUCCGCCACGGCAGUGCCCAAUACCAGUGUCAAUACAGCGGCAUCCGUGCAGGAAGAUGAGCAACGGUAUCUUCAAUACGACUACAGUCCCAAUGAGAUUAUCUUCACCGUUGAGGGUAGUGUCAAAGGGGGUACUCUUCGUGCACUUGUUGAGCGCAUGACGUUGCAUGACUAUUUAGAUAUGAACUUCAACAGCACCUUCUUACUUACUUACCGGUCGUUCUGUACCUCGAUGGAGCUAUUGGAAUUGCUUGAAGCCAGAUAUAAUAUACAACCACCUGCCGAUCUAACACCCGAGGAACUGGAAAUCUGGGUUACCAAGAAGCAAAAACUGAUUCGUCUGCGUGUAUUCAACGUGCUCAAGAUUUGGCUGGAGCAAUACUAUUACGAGGAAGACUCUGUGAUAUUAGAUCGCUUGCUGUUCUUUACGAAUACCAGCAUCAAGGAUACACUCAGCUUCUCUGCAUACCAAUUAGAACGACUGAUCCACAAGCGUAAGGACGCUUGCAAGAAUCUCAAAAAGCUGGUUAUUACUCAACAACAAGAUUCCCCUGAUCCCAUAUUACCAAGAAAUUUGAAAAAGUUCCGUCUGCUUGAUCUGGACACAACUGAAAUGGCACGUCAAUUAACUCUAAUGGACUUCAAGCUGUACAGCUCAAUUAAACCAGUUGAAUGUCUUGACAAGGCUUGGUCUCGGGAUGCUACACUUAAUGACGACCACCGCACACCGGUAGCACGUAACAUUCAAGCGUCCAUUGACUACUGCAAUCAAGUUACUACCUGGGUGUCGGACGAGAUUCUCAGCCAAUCUGAGGUCAAGAAGAGAAGCGCACUUAUCAAAUACUGGGUCAACGUUGCUGAACGUUGUCGUAUCUUUAACAACUUUAAUACCUGCAUGGCCAUUCUGUCUGCAUUCGACAAUAGUGCUGUGGGUCGCCUCAAAAGAACCUGGGAAAUGGUGGGUGCUCGCACAAAUCAUAUUGUUGCACACAUCCGCAAGCUCAUGGGAGCAAGUCGCAAUUUUAAUCAGUACAGAGCUUUGAUCCACUCUGUGAACCCUCCCUGUAUUCCCUUCUUGGGCAUCUACCUCCAGGAUCUCACGUUUAUUGAAGAUGGUAAUCCAAACUUUCUAAAAACAUCAAAGGAUUUGAUCAACUUUGCAAAGCGCGCUAAAACUGCUGAAGUGAUCCGAGAGAUUCAGCAGUAUCAGACGAUGGGAUACCAGUACAGAGCAGUCGAAGAAAUUCAAAACUUUAUCCAAGACAACCUACACAGCUCUCGUGACGAAGAUCAAUUGUAA